AAAAACACAUGGACAAUAGUAAUAUCAUACUUCUCACAUAUUAAUUUAACGCAUAAGCCAAUGGCAAAUAUCUUCCCCCUUCCUAUAUGUACUGGUUUACCCGACUGAUUUGAACACACACAUGUUGCUUCCACACGAUGAAGAAUUCCGCAAGUCGCUGACUCUCAACCAGUUCGAAACAAACAGUGAUCACGAAUACACAUCCAAACCCUUUGUCUAUUUUUUUACUCUUCAGUGUUAAGUUUUAUCUUUAUUUAUGUAAAUAUAUCAACAGCUUUUAUUGAUAAUUGUGCAUUAAUAAAAGUGUUUUAUAUCAACAAUUUUUUAUUUUAAUUCAAUUUAAUUACCAACCAUCAAUAUGGCAAGACCAAAGAAAUGGAAAAAUUGUAUGUCCGAAAAUUUAUUAACUGUCUUAACAGUUGUCGGUGUUUUUGCUGGAGUAGGACUUGGAUUCACUCUCAGAGCAGUUAAAAGUACACCAUGGACAAACAGAGAAAUUAUGUAUGUUCAUUUUACUGGAGAUUUAUUUCUUCGGAUGCUAAAAUCUCUUAUUUUACCACUCAUUGUUGCGAGUAUUGUUGCAGCUAUUGGUAGUCUGGAUCUCAGCUUGUCUGGAAAAAUUGGUAUGCGAUCAAUAUAUUAUUAUAGUACAACAACAAUUACUGCUGUAAUACUGGGUAUUUUCCUAGUAUUAACAAUCCGUCCAGGUGUGAUUAAAGAUUCGGAUACUUUCAAAAAUGAAAAAGGUGCAUAUGCACCACCAAGAAAUAUUACGACAGUCGAUACACUUUUGGAUUUAGUUAGAAAUAUUUUUCCUCCAAAUUUAAUACAAGCUGCCCUAGAACACUAUCAAACUGAGCUACAUGAGCCAAAAAAUAUGACUGGUGUUAAAUCAUUAUAUGAUUGGAAUGUCGGUUCAAAAUAUUCUGAUGGUACUAAUACACUUGGUCUCGUUAUCUUCGGAAUCAUAUUGGGAAUAACUGUUGGAAAAAUGGGAGAGUCAGGCAAACCAUUACUUGACUUUUUCACAUCUUUGUCUGAAGCAAUGAUGAUCAUCACCAACUGGGUGAUUUGGAUUUCACCAAUUGGUGUGACAUUCCUCGUAGCUUCAAAACUUUUAGAAAUCGACAAUUUUGGUGCUCUUGUUGGUACUUUAGGUUGGUACUUUAUGACAGUGCUGUUAGGAUUAUUUAUCCAUGGUUUUGGUACUCUAUCUAUUAUCUACUUUGUGUGUACUCGUCAGCUUCCAUUCAAAGCCAUAAGUCAAAUGGGUCAAGUAGCUAUUACGGCUUUCGGAACAGCGUCAAGUUCCGCAACUCUUCCUAUUACUCUUCAGUGUCUAGAUAAUAUGGGAUUAGAUCCAAGGAUAACUAGAUUUGUUGUUCCUAUUGGAGCUACUAUUAAUAUGGAUGGUACAGCAUUAUAUGAAGCUGUAGCGGCGAUAUUCAUCGCUCAAGUUCGUGGGAUUGAAAUGUCUCUCAGCAAAGUCAUAGGCGUCAGUGUUACAGCAACAGCAGCUAGUAUAGGUGCUGCUGGAAUACCUCAAGCAGGUCUAGUAACAAUGGUUAUGGUCCUUGAUACUGUUGGACUACCUGCUGAAGAUGUAUCGCUAAUCAUUGCAGUUGACUGGCUCUUGGACCGAUUUAGAACAACAAUCAAUGUUGUUUGUGAUGCUUUAGGAGCCUGUAUCAUAGAACACAUGAGUAGAGGAGAACUCGAUGAAAUAAAUGCCAGACAACAAGAGGAAGCUGUAGAACUUGCACAAUUAAGCAAAGUUGAUGCAUAAUUCAUCUUUUAUGCAACGAUAAAAUUGAUGAAAUGAGUGUGUGUUUUUUUUUGUUUCAGUCAGUUAAAAGGAUUUGACCGUUGACGAAUUCUAUAUUCAGUCAAAAAAUCCUGCAUUGAGAUACUUACAUUGAUUAAGUAAAUCAAAAUUAUUUAGUGAUAUCAAGUAUUCCUGUUAAGGAGUGCAAAUACUCAUUAAACUUGCCAGAUAUAAUAAGAUAUUAAUAAUACAAAGAAGUGUAAGGAGCUCUAUUAGUAAUUAUAGUUCAACUGUUUUAAAUACUUAUAAAUAUUGAGAUUUGAAGCUAAUGAAAUAGUAAAAUUGAUAAAUUCUUUCGAAAAUUUUUUAAAAACUGUCAUUUAUACUUACAUAUUCACAUCAUGCAGUAAUUGAUACUCUUAAUUUUAUGAAAAUAUUAAUUUCACAAGUUGAACACUCAUGCCAAAGAGUGUUGUAGAUAGAAAUGAUAAACGUGAAAGUAAAAAAAAUUUUAUACUUUAUAAAUAAAAUUGUUACUCUAAUUGUAAAAUCAAAAAAAGUAUAGACAACACUUGUCUUGCGACAUGAAAUGUUAUUUAUUAAUAUCAUUUUUAGUUAAUGUUAUGAACUCAUUAUCAAUGUUAAAAUACGCUAGAGAUAAAGAGCCAAUCACUUUAUACUACGUAUUGUAGUAAAAUCCAUUACUUAUUCAAAAACAAAAAAAAAAUAAAAUUCGUUAAUGUGAUUUAACCAACAAACUGUAAAAUGAUAAAUGUAAGCUGACCAACGGUGCUGAUAUUUUUAUAUAUUACAUUGCGAUCUUAUUGUGUAUCUAUUAUACACUUCUUAAUUAUGUAUAUGGAACGAAAAUUGUUAUCAAUAAUUAAUUAAUAUAGACAAUAAGAAAAUUAUUUUAAUAAGAAGAUUAUUUUAAAAUAUUACAGAAAGGAAC